CGAACAGACAACACAUAUUCCCCACCCCCAUCAACACAAAUUCCAAAUCUCUACCGAACACUCCAGCGCAUACUUAAAUCCAUUGGUUGCAUUUUCUGCUUUACCUCCUAUUCACUUUACACUGUGAAGCGAACCCGACAGCAACUCUCCCGGUAGCAUGGCGACCCAAUACCAGCAAGAGGAAUACUACAACGAUCGCCCCUCAGAUAUGUCAGAGAACAGCGCCGCACAACGAAGAAACUCCACACGUCGCGACCAAAGCGCCAGAUCCAGCGACGGCACCGUUAGCACAAUGAUGAGCGGCGCGUCAACCGGGCGGGAGUCAAUAGCUACCCAUAUGACAGAAGGACCGGCAUAUUCCAAGAAGAUUGUUGUAGUAGGAGAUGGUGGAUGCGGGAAGACGUGUCUCUUGAUCAGUUACAGCCAGGGCUAUUUCCCAGAGAAAUAUGUACCAACCGUCUUCGAAAACUACAUUACCUACCCCACCCACCAACCUAGUGGGAAGACACUGGAGCUGGCGCUCUGGGAUACAGCUGGCCAGGAGGAAUACGAUCGUCUCCGACCUCUGUCUUAUCCUGAGACAGAUCUUCUAUUCGUCUGCUUCGCCAUAGACUGCCCCAAUUCCCUUGAGAACGUUAUGGACAAGUGGUAUCCUGAGGUUCUGCAUUUCUGCCCAUAUACACCUCUUGUCCUUGUCGGUCUCAAGUCGGACCUUCGAACAAAACGAAGCUGUAUCGACCUUCUCAAAACCCAAGGCUUGACGCCCGUCACCCAAGAGCAAGGGAUGUCCGUCGCUCGGAAAAUGGGGGCUCGUUACAUGGAGUGUAGCAGCAAGGAGAUGACUGGUGUCGAUGAGAUCUUCAACGAAGCAAUCAACAUAGUCGUCGCAAACGAUCCAAGUAACCAACAAAAGCCCCAGCCAAAGACACAGCAAAAGCCCCAACAAAAAACCCAACAACAAAGUAACCAUCGAAGUAACCAACAAAGCCAAUCUGGGGGUAUGCCCCCAGGUCAGACACCCAUUGUCAUGAGGAAGAAGAAGAGAAACUGCCGAUUUCUUUGAUGUCU